GACACUGGUUUAAACUUGCCAGCGAGGCAUCAGUUUUUUACGGGCCGUAUUGCGCAAUCACCUAGGUCUCUAGUACCAUGCAGCCGCACCGCCGUCAAGAUAGCUAUCUACGACCAGAAUAAGAAAAGCUGCAUGCAUUCUGCAAGUUCUUACAAGUCCUAGCUUGCUCCACCUGAGUGGGCAACAUGCAAAAUUCUCAGCGGUCCCCUUCAGACUCUGUCGCCUCCGAGGCUGAUGACGACCCAUGCCUUACCGACACCUCACAAGUUUGUGCUCCCUUUUUAUGCCCAGUUUUGAACAAGAAGGCCGACCUCGUCCGUUGCUACAUAAUUCCCCUCGAUACCGACGACCGCACUCGUGCACAUAUUGAAUAUGCCUGGGGCAUGGGCCAGCAACGCCUAGAUCUAACCGGCCCUUCCAACAUCCUCUUUGUCGAGAGACAGUGGCGCGACCAGUUUUACAAGCAUCAAUGGCUCUUAAUGCCCGAGCCCACCAUCGUCCGGGCCCUCUUAAGGCUGCUCAAAGAGGACAGCGCCAGCACGGCGAUCAGCAGCCUCGACAAGCACUUCGAAGGCCAAACAUCCUUCAAAUACUACGUCAUCCCCUGGCAAGCCCUCAAGCACGACUUCUUCACCACAACCCCUCCCGCCUCGCCUCAGCACCGGCGCAGUCGCACUCACAAGCACCGCAGCCCACUCCCCGCCGCUGCCAGGCGCGCGCACAUACCGUGCCGCACCGUGCACCCCUACCCGUUCUCCACGCUGCCCCCCAUCACGAGCCACAUAAAACCGCACUUCGCCAUCUGGAACAUUUGCUCGCAGUUCCACGUCAGCUCGGGCAUGGACGCGCACCCUUUGUUCGCUAGCAUCACCGCCACGUUCAAGGGGCAUCCGAGCCGUCCGAGCCGUCGCCCCGGCGCGCGCUUGCCAGGGCUCCAAAAUCGUGACGAUGAUGAUGACGACGUCCACGCCGACAAACUGACGAUGGAUAUCUGCAACAUCUGUCGUUAUUGGACGUCGCGCGCGCCGGGCCUUGAGUGGGGUCCUGGGCUCAGUGACGCUGAGAUCCCCAGAGCCGUAUCUAGCCGCUGCCAGAACUCUUCGGGGGAAUCGCUCUCAUAUUAA